GUAAGAGUCUGGGUAAUUUGUGAGUUGAGUUGAUCGCAUUGCUAAAGAUGGCAUCGGUAUCUUCACUGCGUUGUCUGCUGGUUUCUUUAUUUCUGUGUCUAUGGCAAUUGGGAGUCUCAGCCUGGUCGAUCCCGCAUGAUCUCGAGUCGUCGGGCUUCCUUGCUGGCGCCUUUGACGCCGAGGGAGGUUCAGGUCUAAUUCGUCGCGAUGUGAGCACGAUCAGCACGACAGACGAUAUGACGCCAUCGAAAGUCGAGGCUGCAACCACGACCACCUCGUCAACGUACGUCUUCAACGCCACGGCCAAGGACAUCACGAUCGCAUAUUACGGCCAAACCAACAUGACCACGAACGUCACUCUGACACAGCUCUGCGCCGGGCUGUCAGUGGACAUUAUCACUUUGGGUUUUAUCGACUCCUUUUAUGCGUCCAGUGGGAAGGAGAAUAUCACCUUGGAUUUCAACGGGUAUUUGUGCAGUAACCCGAACAGCACACAGACUGCGGCCGGAAUGUCGGGACUCUUGGACUGCGUAGGCGAUGGAUUCGCAGCGGAGAUCGCGGCUUGUCAGAAGCUGGGGAAGAAAGUGCUCAUCAGCGCGGGAGGGGCUAGUGCCGAUCUAGCUAUUCCGACGGCGGCCGAUGCGACGACACUGGCGACCACGUUGUGGAAUUUGUUCCUGGGAGGGGAUGGGUAUAAGGGCAAAGGGGUCAGACCUUUUGGAAGUGUGGUGCUCGAUGGUUUCGAUAUCGACAACGAAAACGUAACCAAUGCAGCGCAUCUAUACACCUUAGUCUCGACGCUACGCAACUUGACUAAGAAAGACACUUCCAAGAAAUACUAUUUCUCGGCGGCGCCUAUAUGCGCGUACCCAGACCCCGAUAUCCCAGUGUCGACGAUGCUCAAUCAAAUCGACUAUUGGAAUGUGCAGUUCUACAACGCGCAAGCAUGUCAAUUGGGCAGUGGUCAUGCUCCUGCGGCGCUGAAGAAUUGGUCGACAGCACUUCUGGGCGCGAGAAAGUUGGCCUGUUCAGAUUGUGCGGUGCCCCAGGGUCUGUUCAACGUCAAUGGGAAUAACGUUACGUAUCCGCGUUUGCUUGUGGGAGGACGUACGUUCUACGCGGGCGAGAAAAACGGGUACGUCAAUAUGUCGAAUUACAGGACGAUAUUGGAGAGUAUGAAGAAGUUGAAGUUGCCGAACUUGUCGGGCGCUAUGUUCUGGGAUGGCGCGUACAUGUACAAGGAGAAGGCGGUGAUUGAUGGGAAGAAUAGGACGUUUGCGCAGGUUGCGAAGGAUGCGUUGAUUGACUAACGUUAGCCGCAGGAGAGUCCAGCUGGAUCAGAGCAAAGAGGUGUAUCUGGCUGUGGUGUUGGGGAGGGCUUAACCUUGUACAGUAUAAUAGCAUAGAUGGCGUUUGGGGGAACACGAAAAAAGAAUGGUGCUUGGAUAGGAUAAUCAAUAAAUAGUACAUAAUAUCAUAUACGAUGACGACCGUUCUAUCACCAUCAGC